AUGGUUAAAGGCGCAAAUGGCACCCCCGAUGCUGGGCUCCGGAGCCUCAACCAUUACCGCAACCAACUCCCCAGCUGGCGGUAUUGGCCACGACAGAAACUUCUCCCGCUGAUUCGCUAUGAGACCCCUUAUCUGGCCUGGUGUCAGGAGAAGGUCCGCACCCCGGCCCUCGACUCCUACUUCGCCUUUACUGCCAAUCUCGGUACCCAUACCUUCUUCAUGGUCUUCUUGCCCAUUCUGUUCUGGUGUGGAUAUCCCAAUCUAGGUCGCGGAAUGGUCGAUCUUCUGGCGUCCGGGGUGUUCUUCAGUGGUUUCAUCAAGGAUCUGCUGUGUCUCCCACGUCCCCUGUCCCCACCGUUACAGCGCAUCACCAUGUCCGGUUCGGCCGCCUUGGAAUAUGGCUUCCCGUCCACCCACUCCACCAACGCCGUGUCCGUCGCCGUGUACGUCCUCGCUCUGCUGAAUGCCCCCGAUUCGACCUUCACCUCCGGCGUCAAUGUUUUGCUGCAAGGGAUCACCUACCUCUACGUGGGGUCUAUCGUUCUGGGCCGGUUGUACUGUGGAAUGCAUGGUUUCUUCGACGUCAUCGUUGGAUGCUUUCUGGGCACUGUAAUCGCGGCUGUCCAUUACCUCAAUGACGCCGAAAUCCACGAAUUUGCCCAUUCUGGUACGGGGAUGCAAGUGAUGGUGAUGGUGUUGAUCAUCGUGGCUCUGGUUCGCAUUCAUCCCGAACCUGCGGACGACUGUCCCUGCUUCGAUGAUAGCGUCGCCUUUGCCGGGGUGCUUCUGGGGGCGCAAGUGGGGUACUGGCACGCGUCUCAGAGGGAGGCGGUGGGAGAUUAUCGGGUGAACCUGAAUUAUCGAUUGGAGCACCUGGGGCUUUUCAAGAUGUCUUUGCGUCUGAUCUCGGGAGUGCUAUUACUUUUCGUGUGGAGAGCGAUCUCAAAGCCGUUCCUUCUGCGCAUGCUUCCCCCGGUGUUUCGUGGGUUGGAGAAGGUCGGCCUGAUUCUGCCGCGGCGGUUUUUCACCAAAGCUUCGCAAUACACCAAAGUACCCGCGCACCUCAAAGAUAAGGAAAUCCUGCCCAGCUUCUCCGACAUCCCCUCGAUCCUCACGGGAAUCCGACACCCCCGUCGGCGCGCCAUCUCCGUUGGACCACAGUCAGAAGCGGACGCCUACGAAACCCUUGCCUAUCGCGAAAAGCGCCGUCGUGAGAGCAUAUCCAGUAAUUCCGCGUCUCCGGACGUGAAUCACGGUUCGCCGUCAGAAGGUCCGACACAGAAGCUGUCGCGCAAACAAUCCAAGCUGCACGAGUACGAGCAUAUGAUGGGGACAGGCAGCCCACGGAUUGCAACAGCGGUGGAUGCGGGAGCAGGGGCUCCGUUGUUGACCGAACCGUUCCCGGCAUUAGAACCGGAGGAACCAGGUGAGGAAGAGGUGUUUGCGCAGAUCAAACGGCCCCGUGUGCGAUAUGAUGUGGAAGUGAUUACAAAACUGGUUGUAUAUUCUGGCAUCGCGUGGAUUGUAGUGGAGGGGGCGCCGAUUCUCUUCGAUAUGGUUGGACUUGUGCCACGGUAG